AUGCGUUUAGAAUUUUUGGCAUCUGCCUUCCUUGCAGCCACUGCAACCGCAUUUCCCAUCUUUGGCAAGAGAAGUGCUAACACCACCUUCUUGGAAGAAUCAGUUCCUGACUCUUCAACCAACAAAUUGGAAACCAGUUAUGGUAAGCCCUUUGCUAUCUUUCAACCCAAGGUUGUGAUUGUGUCUAUGUUUUUCUACGAACAAGACCCUUGGUUGGAAAACAUGAAGUUUGUCAACAACAUCACUAUUCCAGGUCUUUCUCCUAUUUACCCUGACGUUCAUUGCACAGCUGAUUACGCUGUUUGUCAAGUUACUGUUGGUGAAGGUGACAUCAAUGCUGCUGCUUCAAUGACUGCUCUUACUUUAUCACCAUUGUUUGACUUUUCCAAGUCUUACUUCAUGGUUGCAGGUAUUGCAGGAGGUGAACCUCAACACGUCACAUUAGGUUCUGUCACUUUUGCCAAGUAUGCCAUUCAAGGUGCUUUGGAAUACGAAAUCGCUUAUGCUGACUACCAUGAAACCAACCCUGAUUGGAAGACCGGUUACUUUGCAUAUGGUACUAGUGACCCAUCUGCUUAUCCCGAAAAUGUCUAUGGUACCGAAGUAUUUGAAUUGAAUGAAAAGUUGAGAGACAGAGCCGUCGAAUUGGCUAGCUCAGCUGCUUUGAACAAUGGAACUGAAGGAAAUGCUAAGAUGAGAGAAUUAUAUGAAUUUGAAGCUGCUCAAAACCUUCCUUCAGUAGUUAAGUGUGAUGUCAUGACAAGUGACAAUUACUACUCCGGUAACACUUUAGGUGAUUAUUUUGCUUUCUGGGCCUCUCUUGUCACUAAUGGUACUGCCACUUACUGUGCUACUGCUCAAGAAGACAAUGCUCAUUUGGAAGUCUUGACCAGAAUGACCGUUCACGGUAUUGUUGAUUACGACAGAGUCAUUGUUAUGAGAACAAUUUCAGACUUUGCUAGACCUCCACCAUUGUACUCUAACGACACUGUUAACUGGUUUACCAAUGUGUCCCAAGGAGGCAGCUCUGCAUCUGUCGCUAACUUGUACUUGGCUGGUUCUCCAAUUGUCAACGACAUCUUAGAAAACUGGGAUGCUAUUUACAAGGACAACACCUUGUACAAGUCCGAAAACUAUGUUGGUGACUUGUUCAACACUUUAGACUCUGGUAACAGAGACAUUAGUGCUGAAUCUUUCCUCAUCAACUAA